AUGCUCCCCCCAUCCUCUCGAAUGGUCAUGUCGGCUGGCCUCGACCUGUUCGGCUUGCGGCUUUUGGCUGUGCUUCCCUGCCUGCAGGGCCUCUCCGAGGAGUCCCGCCUGUGUCAGCCCUUCUCCAGGUGCACGUUCAGGAUUCAGAAUGAGACCUGCCGCUCUUUAAGGCCACGCACAAAGAUGAGUAAGGCUGAUGAUCUAGAGCACUUUGAUAUGCUGGUCCGCUACUCUCGGCAGCUGCUGCGGCCACUCACCGUGCUUCACAUCGGCACAAACGACUUGAAAGACGAAGAACUGGACUGGUAUUAUGACCUGAGGAGGUUCACGCAUGAUUCACUUCACCUUGUUUUCGUUGAGCCACAGCCGUGGAUCAUGCAGAAACUGCGCAGCAGGGUCGUGGAAUGGCUUGGCCAAGGCAGCGUCCGCUUCCUGGAAGCAGCGCUCUGCUUCGAAGAGACACCUGAGAAGCGCUUCUAUGCAGUGUCGGAGCGCCUGUAUGAGGAUUUCCCCAAGUACAGCAUCCCCAAGAGCAUGAUCGGAAGGAUCAGCUCCCUGUCCAAGGGCCAUGUCAUCUCUCUGAUCUUGCAGUUCGCAUCUGAGGAAGACCUACUUUCCAAGCCUGAGCUGGUGGAAUCCUACUUGGAAGAGAUCGCUGUUCGCUGCUUGACGGCUGACCGCAUCUUGCAGGAGGCUGCGCUUCAGCCCUGGGAGGUAGACCUCUUCGUUUCCGACUUGGAGGGCUUCGACACCCAGCUGCUCCCCGGUUUCUUUCAGAUGCGGGCCUUCAGGCCACUUUCGCUCAUGUUUGAACAUUUAGGCCAGCGAUUGCCUGAUGUGGUGACCCGCUGGACCGUAGCAGAGCUGGCCUCAAGAGGUUACGCCGUGUACUGCCAUUUUGCAGACAUCGUGGCUUUGCGCCAGGUGCCACAGACAUCUGCCAGCCAUUUGCGUUACGCCGCCCUGUCGCAGAUCGCUGCUCUUCCAUCAUUCGGAGAGGAGAUCGAGCGGUUUGGAGCUUCGGAGAGGAGAGGAUAUCGAGACAUGGAGUUUGCGACUUCGUUCAUCUCACCCUGCUUGCCACUAAUCCUUGCGACGCACAUCUUUGGAAAAUACGACUUCCACAACUGUCCCUUGCGGAAGAUUGUAGUUGCGACUCGCUUGCAGAACAUUCGGGACAUGGAGUUCCCUGUGCUCCUGCCAGAAGGGAGUGUUGUGAGCGUGGACACGGAUUCCCUGCAAGCGUUCAGGGAUUUCAUGCCAGAGCUUCAGUCCGCGGUCGUGCUCGUUGUGGGCAGGCACCGCCGAGCACACUUGCAGAGACAUGGCGAAUUCCAGCUGACAUCAGUGCUCCUGGAGAUCCUGGCGUGUCCUUUGGUGUUGCACAUCUUCAUGCAGAACCCUGAGCUGUCGCAUCCCGACUACGAGGCCUUGCCCAUGGGCUUCAACAACGACGCCCCUGGACUUUUGACGAAACUCGGCAAGGAGUUGGCCAUUCACGAGGGAACCGUCAAGCGCAUCGGAGUGCACAUCAGCCACCUGGCUCGGCGAGGGAGAGUGCACCGACCUGCCUGGUUCCCUUCCGGACCGUCCAUGAACCUCUCGGACUAUUUCACGGAGCUUGCCGAAGCCUUCUUCGUCACCAGCCCAGGUGGUGAUCGUUUCGAGUGUUAUCGGCACUGGGAAGCUCUGGCAUUCAAGGCGAUUCCAAUUUCGAAUCUUCCGCGGGACCUCUACGAGUCUCUCUUCUGCUCAAGCAUGGAGUUCGUGUACACAGAGACGGCAUUGACGGACCUUUUGCGGUCCCUAAAGCUAGGUGAAGCUUCACGCCGAUACGCGGAGCCAACGAGACAUCUUCUGCUUGUGGGUUUGUGGAGACGCAGAGUUGCCUUUGCUACUGGGAAGAUCAAAGGCCAACGUCUGCCGUCCCUUUGUGACAGCGCUGACCUAAACAAGAGAGUGAGACUGUGA